CACUCUCUCAACCCCGACUCUCCUCCCCGCGGAGGCACACAGCCAUGCUGCUCACCACACUCGUUUCCCUCCUCUCCCUCACCUCGCUCGUCGCCGCCUCGCCCGUGGCCCAGGCGGCUGCCCCCGCCGCCGCCGUCGAGAAGCGCGGCUUCUCCUUCAGCGCCCCCCACUACAGCCUGUACAUCAAUGACCUCAUCUCGUACGACGCCUGGCCGCUCGCCGACAAGAUCAAGCCGUACAACCGCGUCCUCCUCGCCUUUUGGGAGUCGAAGGGCGCACAGGCCGCUCCCGCCUCGUGGCAGGGCUUCACCGACGCCCAGCGCGCGGCCAUCGUCCAAAACUACCACGACAAUGGCAUUGCCAUCAUGGUCUCGGCCUUCAGUGACGACGACCACAUCGUUAGCAACAAGGCCGACCCCGUCGCCACUGCCCAGGCUAUCGGCGCCUGGGUCAAGAAGUACAAUGUCGACGGUGUCGACAUUGACUACGAGGACUUUGCUCCCCUCCAGAACGACCAGGCCAACGCGCUCAGCUGGCUCACGUCGUUCCACAAUGAGCUCGCCAACCAGCUCCCUCUGAGCCAGUACGCCAUCUCGUCGACGCCCAGUGCCUGGAUGUACGGCUCGUCGUUUGGCGGUGUCAACUCGGUCUACUGCAAGCUCCAGGGCGCUGUCGGCUCCAAGAUCUCGUGGUACAACUUCCAGCUCUACAACGGCCAGCCCGGUGCUUGGAACACGUGCGAGAACACGUACUGGAACUCGGCCAACCCCGCCUUCCUCUCGGUCAACCAGAUCUCGCAGGCCUGCGGUAUCCCCCUCAGCCAGAUCACCAUCGGCAAGCUCUGGAGCCAGUCCGACUCGGCCACCGCUGGCUCUGCCGACGAGCUCCCCAACCCCACCGACUUUGCCACCUGCCUCAACCAGUUCAAGGCCCAGAGCAACUACCCUCUCACCGGUAUCAUGGUGUGGGCUGCUCACAUGAACGACUGGUCCGGCGCCAUCAACUACCUCUCAAACACCCUUGCUGCUCUUAGCGCUGGUACGAGCAGUGCUGCCCCCUCUUCCUCCUCCUCUGCGGUCCCCUCCCCCUCUUCUAACUCCUCCUCUACAGCCCCAGCCGCCAACUCCUCUAGCUCCACCUCUGCCUCGGGCUCUGCCUCUGCCCCUGGUGCUUCCCAGUCGGGUGCUGCGUCGGGCUCGGCCGGUGCGGCCGGUGCCUCUGGUGCUGCCGGUGCCGGUGCCGCCGCCGGUGCUUCUGGCACUGGUGCGCACGCUGCUGGCGCCUCUGGCUCGGCUGCCGGUGCCGCCGCCGCCUCUGGCAAGCCCUCGGGCGCUUCCCCCAUCGCUGCCGCUAGCGGCCUCACCCUUGUCAUUGCGACUGUUGCCUGUAUCCUCCUCUUCUAA